CUCACAGGAACUCUCUACUAAUCCCAAGCGGCCCGUUCUCGUCAGCUCUUGAGGUGCAACACAUUGUGAGUCCGGUGUUACAGCUAGAUUGGAGCAAAGAUGGAUUUCUUGGAAUCUCAGUGCGUACAUGUACUUCUCAUCUCGAUUUCCGUUGGAAGCGUUAGAGCAGGACUAUCGGUUCGUCUCGGCCUUCGUCUUCUUUCUUUCUGCAUUUUCUAUUCUCUCCUUGAAAUUCCUUCUUACGAACCGGGUCCUCUUAUAUGCCCUCGGUAUCGCGUCUGCAUCUCAUAUGUCUGGCAGCCUAUCAUGAUCUAGGCGCGCCUUGCUGUUGGCUGCCUCCAACAACUUGGGUCUUUCUCUGUAUUGAUAUGAGCUCAGUCCGCCCGCCCUUUAAGAGCCGUAUUGAUCUAUAAAUUCUCUAUAAAUUCAACGCUUUCUGCAGGUGUUGCCUCACUGAGCAUUUAAACGGGCCCAAGUCUGCAACCUGGAUCCUUCCAUAUAUCUCGAAUUUAGCCCAGUAAUGGUGCUCUUAUAUCACGGAAGGAAGCCCGCAUGUCGUGCUCUGAUAUACGAUUCCAGAGGGUGAACAUUCAAGGUAUCGCUUGAAGAGGAUGGAGAAAACUUGUGAAUGGUGCUUCUUCCCUAUAAAUUGUGUCUGACGAGGAACACGUUGUCUUAGAGUGGGCAAUUCUCCGUAGGAGAGACGGCCGAGGACGCGAUAAAUUCCGCUUUUCUGCGCUGCUAGUAUAUCCCGAUAUAUCAUCGGAUCGCCAUUGUCCUGCCCGUUCGUUUCUAUCCGAACUCCUCACUUUGUCUCCCUCAUUGCUACCGUCUUUUCACACAAAUAUCCGAUCUUGGCAAGGCGGGAUAUGGACAUCGGACGGCCGAUCUUGGCACAAUAGGAAGGCGGUGGCCGCAGCAGUUUGACCGCAAAGUCACACGGUCAAUGUCAAAUUGUGCGCACGUUCCAGCUUCCUUUGGGGGACGACGAUGGAAGGCUCUCGAAUGUGCUGGCGUCCGUACCAGAAAGGAAGUAGACGGCAGCGCUACCUUAGUGGUCCCCCACAUGGAUUCGAACUACCAGACGCAGCCGCAGGAAGAGCAUUCGCAGAUGCCUAUGCAGUCUUCGGUGCUGUUCCCCGUCGCGACUCAGUUCCCACAUGUCUACGCUACACAGCCCACGUCGGUGUUCGACGGGCCCGUCGUCGUUAUGCCCGUCUCACACUAUCUAGGUGCCAUCACUCCACGAGCGGGCUGCCAUGUCGCUGAGCAGCACGGUUGCCUAUAGAUCUUCUCGGCUUCUCGGGAACGUCUCUGCCAUCGCCUGCCGUCCCUCUCCCCUCAAUACCGGCGCUUCCCUCAGCGAGCGCGUAUAACAAUGCUACCGGGACUGCGGGCACAGCCAUCGUCGACUCAGCACCGGACGCUGGGUCAACAUCUGUCGAGGCUGCCACACCACGGCAUGCACGUCGGAAAGUGAACGUUGCUUGCAAUCACUGUCACGAGGCAAGGAAACCUUGCAACAAUGGUCGUCCCUGUCAACGCUGCAUUAAGCGAGGUAUCAGCUCAAGCUGCGUCAACCACAGGCGCAAACGAAGAGCUACGCCAAUACGCAAGUCUGGCAACAUCAUCACGACAUCAUCCGUGAGCAUGUCAGAUUCGAGCUCACCGCCUGUGCCACCACACGUAGUAGCAUGUAGAGGUGACUCGACAAUACCAUACCCUUCAACCCUACAGCCUACGUCUAUAUCUUCAACCUCUGACGAGACCGUGUUCGACAGUUCAUAUUUCUACAGCACGCCAUAAGACUGCGUCCCUUGUUGCCGGCCCUUGCUCAACUACGCUUUACUACGCUUCGAUUUCGUAGCCCAGUCUCAAGUUCUAGCAUUGCUACUCGCUGAUCUACUGUAUGCGAACCCUUCUCCUUGGCGGUUAUAUUUUACCUUGUCUCUUGUCAGCCCUAUAGCCUUUGUCUCGUACUGUCAGUUUCUAGUCUUGGUGUCUAUACCGUUGAUGCAGGAUGCCCUUAUC